GUACAGUUGGUCGCCGGAGCCGUCGUCACACCCAAUCAACUCUCAUCCUCUCCGACGAUGGCCACUUCGCGCAACCAGCGGCACAGCGGAAUGCCCACAGCACACCUCUGCGAGGUCUGUGGCAAACGCCCCAAGUUCAUGGAGAACGGAACGCGGUAUCCAUACUGCAGUCGGACAUGCGCAAGCAAACAGGGAUUGAACCCGUCGGCGUGCGCGCUCAGCACGUGCGAGGCGACGGGGAGAACUGCCUUUGGCGGAUAUUGCUGCGAACAACACGCUAUCGACGCGGUACAAGGCCGAGAGGCCCUUGCAUGCACGACGUGUUUGAAGUUCCCCCGUGCCGUCGGCGACCUGUGCACGGGAUGCAAUAGGUCGCAGGACCCUGGCACAGCGCGACUCAUGGAAGUUGACGCUGGUAGCGAAGAGUUUUCGAAUCUCGAGGCGCACUUCGUGGGCGAAUGGAGCGGGCCUGGAAUUGUGCCGUCUGUGGAGAAGGUCUACCGCGUCGUCUUGCCCGCAGAUACAAUGCGGGGCUAUCAUGACUAUCAGUCAAGCCGCCCCAACGAGACAUGCAUACACACCUUCUUCAGUCAGCAGUGCAUCUGCGACCUAGGGACUAAGCUUCCGGUCUUGUGCGACUUCAAGUCCUGUGGAAUCUGCAUGUCCAUCAAGUCGUCUUUCCGCUCGUUUGCUUUUGGGAGCAAACAAUUGGACGGGAUGCCAGAGAGGGGUGUUUAUACUUAUGGAAAUCCCUUUAUGGCGGACAAGGACGCGACGUCUUGUACGACCUCGCCUUAUCGUGUGAUGAUCGCCUGCGUUGCGAUCGCGAAUUUGGCCCUGGAGAAGGGGUCAGUUGCCGCUAUUCAUUUCCCUCAUCCUGAGGCUAUCGUGCCCGCGUACGUCAUCAUGUAUUCAAAGUGAGAGUGAAGAGCUGGGAAGAAGGAAGCGUUCGUGACGUCCGUAGCACCCAUUGUAUAUUAUUGCCUGCCGGCGCGUCGAUCCUGGAGGCGAGAAGCUCAGCUAUGAACGCGCUCAUUUGGAGAGGACUGCGGA